UGUAUAUUGGGGAUGAGCUUCGGGAUAAAGGGGCCCUAUUAAUGAGUUUUAUGAAAAUUUCAACGGAUCUUUUUCAUUUGUCUUUCACUUGGAGUUAGUUUAAGUAAUAUAAUAAUCUACGAUGAGUGGUAAAUCAAAUAUCCAUUCGCUUAUUUCACAGUUUGAAGGGACAAAUGAUACUAAGGUAUCACCAAUGGCUCGGCCAAUUAAAAGCAAUAAGGGUUUAGUAUUCAAUCCAGCCCCUCGAGUUUCAAAAUAUAUUGAAAAUACUGUGGAUAAUGACAGAAUGAUGUUUACUGAGAGAUGUAACCCAUCUGAAUUUCUCCGUAAAACCAAAGAUGAAAAUAAGUGGGUGGGAUCUUUACCACAACAGUUGAAGGAUAAAAGGAAAGGGUUGAAGAAGGAAACAAAGCCAGCUAAAACCAAGAAGGAUCAAGGUGGAGUUGCUUCAUUGAAGGACUUGUUUGAAUCAAACUCUAUUUCCAAAGGUGAGGACUACAAUGGAAGUAUACUUAAUACAGAAGCAAAGGAUUUUGGGGUUAACAAGACCGAUGGCAAUAAGUUUAGGUUUAAACAAACCGGUAAAUCCCUUAAUGAAGUUGGAAGAACGACCGAAAAUGAGUCAACUCACGAAUCGGACGAAGCAGUCAGACCACCUAAUAUGAAUGCAGCUGAAGAAGAUAAGCAGCUGUACCAAGUUGCAGAAACAAACAAUCUGCCAGUCAAUGAGCUUUCAGAAGACGAAAAGCUGAGACAAUUAAAUGGGUCUGACAAUCUAGGCAAUAAAGAGCCUCGAAUUAGCAAGGAUACAAAAGAACAAGUAGAAUCAUCUGCAAAAACUAAUGGUAUUGUUGAAGACAAUCAGUUUGAGCACUUGAACUUGAUCAAGGAAGAUGAUGUUGGUUUUGCAACCGACAAAGCUAAUAAAGAAGCGCUACCAAAAAAGGAUAAAAUCCCUUCCUCUGACAUACAAGCUAAGUCGACUGAUUCUUUCUUGGUUCUUAAUGGUGCUAGACCAAAAGACGACGACGGUGCUGGAAAAGAAGAACCUAGUUUGGACAAUAACCAUCCGACUCCUUUUGAGGAGAUCGGAAAUCUCUAUACAUUUAUGAUUAAAAAAACCGAUGCUACGAAGAGGAUAAAAGAAGAGGAAGACGCGUCACAAGAAGAUUUAAAACAGAUCGACGCUGGCCAAAUUGAUGAAGAAGAUGACGAGGAUGAUGAAGACGGGAAAUUUCAUUUGGCAGACGAGUUGAGUGGAUUUGAAAUUGUUUUUCCAUUGAAAAAUCAUGACAGUAUUACUGAAAAGGCACUCGAUAUGACUCCUUCGGGAUUGACGUAUAUCGAAUCACCAAGUCAACGUUUAACCAGAGGGCUGGGUAUUGUUGAAACGGCCUUGCCCAAACAGGGUCUAGUCCAAACAUUGAGUAACAGGCAGUCAAUGGUUGAGAAGCCGACCGGAAAAAUUGUUUCGCAUAAUGGACCCAGUGGUGAGCAAUAUACUGAGGAUAAUACCAGGUUGGCAGGUGAACAGGGCCUACGUCCCAAAAGAGCUAAAAUUGGUAGUGAAGAAGAUUUGACUCUCGAACUAAAUGAAUGGCUUAUUUUUAGUGGAUUUGGAGGUGGUUUGGGGUUAAGUUUGGGAAUUGACAAAGGUGAAAAGUUUGAUGCAAAAUCUGGUGAGAGUACAAAUAAGAGCAGGAGUCCCCUUCAAGGCUCUAAAAUUGGUGAUGGUACCUUUAAUAUUAUUGAAGAAGAAGAAAUUAAUUUGGAAGAUAUUAGCACUCCAUUAACGAAUAAGUUUGAAAAUAUGACAUUGCACCCCCGUUAUUCAAUGAAUAAUACCCCUGCCGAUAAUAGUAGUGAAGAUAACAUUUUUGAUGGUGUACAUACUGAUGAUUUUACCCCAAAUACUUUUAUGAGUGAUGAUUGUAAGUUUUCCGGGAUACUGCCGGUCCAAUUACGGUAUAGUACUACACCUAGUUUGAUUCAGGAUGGGGUACUUGAAGAUGAUGCUGAAAAAAAGAGAAACAAUCGAAGGGCCGUAACCUUGGGAUCCCCGGUGAGACUUGAACGCACAAGUACCAUUGAUGAUGUGUUUAAACGAGAAGAUGAGGACAAGCAUAGAAGGAUGUUUUUACUUGAAACUACAAAAGGUAAGUUGGUUAAGGCUCAGAAGUCACCCACCAAAAAAGUAUUGACUCGACUUGAAGAUACCAUUGGAGAAGCAGAGGAAGGCUCAGCACGUCAAAUCGAUGGUGGGAAAAGAAGAAACUGGCUUUCGUUGAACUUGGUUUCUAAAAUUGGUCGAGGACAUAAAGAAACGCAUGAACUGCAUUCCAAUACCUCUUGUGAUUCUUCCAUCACAUCAGAAUACGGGCAGAAUCGGGGAUAUUCACUCCGCAAAAGGUUAUCGAGUGAAAUCCGCCGUCAUUCGUCGCUCAACUUUGAUGAAAAGUUUCGAAGGAAAAAGUCCCAACGAAGAUACACUCCAGAUAUGGUGGGCUUACCCAGAGUUACGUCAAUGACCCUGUUUGGACAUGCAUACAUCCCCAACCGUCCAGCACCUCCCCCUUCUCCAAGUGCCGCCAGUCUUUCAAGCCAACGCAGUUCGCUCUGCGAUACCCGCUCGAUCAAGGGUCUAUCGUCCCCGGCAUCGAUUGAAACCAAAACAAACUUUAGUCCCAUAGCAUUAUCAACCCCCAUACGCGAGUCGAUUGCAGAGAUUGAUGAGCAAAAGGAACUUGAUGCCGACCUGGACUUGGACCUGCACCUCAUUGACCAGUACCAGAACAUGCCCCAGUUCCUGCCCAACACCCUCGACUCCAACUUCUCGGUCCACUCCAACUCCUCCCACACCAUUCCCUCUUCUCCCCAGCAGGAGUCCCUACAUUCCUUCACCAAAAACCCGCAACUCUUGGACGUGGACAUCAGCAAGAUGAGCGAGCAAGACCCUUCCUUCAUUCUGAUGUUCGAAGACUACCUCUCCAAGAAUUUCAAGGAGAUAUGACUGCAAGACAUAACGUAUAGAUGAUGUAAAUGAUAACGGUGUAAAUGAUAACGGUGUUAACUGUAUAAAAUAACUGUAUAAAUUAACUGUAUAAAUUAACUGUAUAAAAUAACUGCAA